CACAGGACUCUUUGUUGCUUUUUACAGAUCCAGACUAACAAGGCUACCCCUCUGAUACUUUGCUGGUACAGUUUGUGAUUCCCCACCUGCCUGGCCCCCAGACAUAACUAUGCCAGCAAAACUUUUAAGUGCAGACCAGGCCCAGAACUCCCACUUCAGGACAUUGCCAUGCAAUUUACAGUAUUAAAUUAUUUUAUUGAAACCUCUUCUUAAUGCACUCUAAAAACGUCCAAAACUAGAGAGAGCAGCACCUCUGCAGUUCUAUGAGCCCACCUGAAAUACUUUAGAUGCGUAAAGUAUGUACAAAGGCUUUGAUCCAGCAACAAUAUAUGCUUAUCUUUACUUAUGAGUUGAAAUUUGUGGGAUUGCUCACAUGCUUGGAAGUUAGGCAUGUGUGUAACUAUUAGCAGGUUUGGGGCCACCAUUUAUGCACAGAAGACUGCAUUUUGCAUACUUCUCUGUGUUGCUUUAAAUGUAUUAUAAAACACCAGACAGCAGCAAAAUAGAUUUUUCACUGUGAUUUCAUCUGUGGGUACCUUGUAGACAGUUUUACAUUUGGAUUACACAAGACUUUUUAUGCAUUAAACAUCAUUUUUUUUUAUUAUUUCAAGUAUUAAAAUGUAUUUGUUUUAUUAAAUAACUGAUACGAUAUAUUUAAUGUCCUAUAAGAAUUUACUCUUUUAUAGGUUUUCCUUUUAGCUUUUGAAUAAAUUUAUCCUGAAUCUGUAUUAAAAUACCACCUUAUUUAAGAAACCACCUUUUUAGAUUCUCCUGAGUGGUUCCUUAUUAUAUGGUAUAUCUUGUCUGCAAAGUACAUUUAAAUGUAAAACUAAACACAAACAAUGCAUUGAAACAAUGUUUAGAUUGAAGAAGCAAGGAGAAAUUAGGUUAAAAUGGCUAGAGUAACUUUUAUUCAGCCCAGUUCUGUUUACAUGUUUAGUAUCAUUUCUGCAACUGGACAGUUUAGUUACAGUGAAGUUUAUUAAUGAGAUUUAGCCAAUUUUCAAUUUGACUCUCAAGCAGAUACUUUAAAAAAAAAAAGGUUAAUUAUUUGAAAUAACAAUUUAGUAUGAAAAUAUUCCAAGCUGUGGAUUGCUUGUCAGCUCUUUACUGUAUUCAGUAUUUGACAUGUGGAAUUCACUAUUAGAGUUGUUUUUCUUUCUUGCCUGCAUUUUAUAAGCCGGAGGAGUGCCUGAACAAUUCAUUCUGUCAGGCUGAGGUUGGAAGGACUAAAAGAGAGGAAUUAAGAGAACUGGAUUUUAGGAGCAAUGUAUUUUGUCUCCACAAAAUCUUUUCUAGUUUAGAAUGUUUGGUUGUUUAUUUUUAUACCUAAGAAAUAAAGGACUGACUGAGACUUUUUUUAAAGUAAGCUUUUAGGAUAGGUUCCUGAUUUCAUACUUCUGAUGUUUAGUUUUGAGCAAAUAUAACUGGCCCCUUAAAAUUUACUUUUGGAGUCUUAUCUGGUUCUUCCACUUCAUAGUUUUAUGUUUAGAUGGUUAAAUAACAUGGGAAACAUACAUAGUGACCUCUCUGACCCUACUGAACCAUAGCUUUAAUCAACUUGAUUACUUCAUCAACAAAUCUCACAAGUUGUUAAUGUUAAACCUAUUUGAAUAAUUGUUGGCUCAGAGUUUACUUUUAAUAGAUUGUUAUUCAGCCUGUUUAAGCAUAGAAGAGCCAUUCUAAAAGAUUUUUUCCCUUAGAAAUUAAAAUAUUUUGUGUUGCACCUGGAAUGUGGUGAUGCACUGAAUCUGGUUUUCAUACAAGGGACAUUAUUUAUUUUGUUCUGUAUUUGAAAGUAUCACAAGAGGGCGCCAACCUAAAGCUAAAAGCACACUGAAUGUGAGCGAGCUACCAGAGGGGUUUAUUUCUAUUUGUACUUACCCUCUUUUUAUAUUUUUUUGUUUUAGGGUUCAGACAGCACUGUAAUAGUAAUGUACUGUAAUGUAAGAGGCACAUUAUAAAUAUCUACACAGUGAGAUACACUAAAGGAUUAGAUCAAUGUUCAAAUUGAUGAAAAAUAUAUGGAAAAAAAACUGAAAUAAUCCAGAUCUUGAUGACUAUAUAAUAUGCAACACUGUAAAAUCAGGUCCCAUAUUUUUUGUCUCCAUGUAAUUGUUUAUUGGGCAUAAAAGGCCAAUUCAUUUGGGUUUACACAAAGGAUAAACUUGGUCCAUUAUGCUCAUCUUCAGCAGAAACAAAUGAAAAGAGAAAUGCAAAUAUGAAGAGAUUCUAUGAGAUUACAGAUAUUAAUAGCAAUGUAAGCAAAUGAUACAUGAUACAAAAUCCAUAUUCAGCAGUUAAGAUGUGAUAAAACAGACCAGUCAGGUAUUUGACUGGUUAUUUUAUCAGUCCCUGAAAAAAGUAACUUUCUUUAGGUUUUUUAAGUAGUACAUUGAAAGACGCUUACAAUUCCAUAAAAUGACUCAUUUCCCACCACUUAUAGCCUUCAUUUUAGUUAAACAGAAAAUUGACUUGCUUAUGAUGUGCUAAUGAGGAGAGAACAGUUUGGGAUUCAAGAAUAAAGCAAAAUAGUGGAAUGUUUCUCUUAAAAUGGUUAGCAAUUAAAUAAGUGUUUGUGAUACUGCCAAAUUUAGGUUUUGAGUUAAUAAUCAAUUGAGAUUAAGAGAACAGUUCACACUUCUUAGAAGUAUUGUCUCAGACUGUCUGCAAAUUGACAUCUGACAAUAAUAUCAGUUACAGUCAAUUUCUGUACUCAACAUUUUCUUCCCCACCAUGAGAGCUACAAACUUCCAAAAAAAUAAAACUUAGAUUCUAGGGUGUCAUUUUGCAGUAAGAGGUCCCGUGCUGUAAUCAUUUCAUUUAUAAAUUUCACAAAAUGCAGCCAGCCCCGGACUGUAGAUUGCCUCGGAUCGUUCUGAAUGUAUUUGUAUGUGGUGGUGGUGGGUAAUCUAGCGUUACUGGAUCUAGUGCAUUGGCCUCAAAAUUCACUUUCAGAGCAAGAGAAUAAAAGAUGAUAAAUGUGUAAAGAAAGAUAUUGUCAACUCAAGCUUCCCAACGGGGAAUAGAGCGGAGAAGCCGUGUGUGGGUCUGUGCCAGAGUGUUCGUGCAGGCCCCUUGGGAACUCGGGUCUCCCUGUUGAAGUUUGUGCGCUCGGGGUGGGUGUUUGAAGAGUGUCUCCCGCUUGGUAGGCUGGGGGACAAGGAUGGGGGAGGGCUCAGCGGCUGAGUCUUUCCCUGCUGUACCCCUUGUCCCUGUAGCUGGCCCUUUAAGGGCUGGCGAGGUAUCUACGUCCCUCGGCUAUGGUGCGCAUGUGCAGUGAGGGCUGCUGAGAGGCGGCGCCGCGGAGCUUGUCAGUUCGAUUCUGGGUUGCUGCCUGCGCAAUGUGUCCCCCCGGAGGCGUGUGAGCCCGCCUGGCGGCUCGCAGGAGCUUACCCAGCCCGCCGCAGACGCUAAUGGCGGAGCCGGGCCCUGAGGAGCCAGACGAACGGCUGUUGCUGCUCUCGGAGCCGGCGCUGCAGGACAGCCCCCCCUCGCGGGGGCUCCACGGGAAAGCAGCUCCCGGCGGGGCCGUGAGGCUCGGCGGGGCCCCGGGGCUGGAAGAGGACGGGAACGUAGACACGGACCCCGAGGAGGAUGGUGAGGAAGAGCCGCUGCUAGGAGCGUCUGCCACCCGCCGGAGCCGGAAAGCCAGUGCCUCUUGGGACAGGGAGACUCGCAUCGCCGCAGGAAACGUGGGAAGUAGCGCAGAGAUGAACUUAUUUUUGGAUGAUCCAGAAUUUGCAGAAAUUGUGCUGAGAACAGAACAAGCUAUAGAGUGUGGAGUCUUUCCAGAAAGAAUUUCCCAAGGAUCUAGUGGGAGCUAUUUUGUCAAGGAUCCAAAGAAGAAAACUAUUGGAGUAUUCAAACCAAAAUCUGAAGAGCCUUAUGGUCAUCUGAAUCCAAAAUGGACCAAAUACUUUCACAAGAUCUGUUGUCCUUGCUGCUUUGGCAGAGGCUGCCUUGUUCCUAAUCAGGGAUACCUUUCUGAAACUGGUGCCUAUCUUGUGGACACCAAACUAGGAUUAGGAGUGGUACCUAAAACUAAGGUUGUCUGGCUUGUCAGUGAGACCUUUAACUACAGUGCAAUAGAUCGUGCAAAAUCAAGAGGGAAAAAAUAUGCUUUAGAAAAAGUGCCAAAAGUUGGUAAAAAAUUUCAUCGAAUUGGACUACCUCCUAAGGUUGGCUCCUUCCAGCUGUUCGUUGAAGGAUAUAAAGAAGCUGAGUACUGGCUCAGGAAAUUUGAAACUGAUCCUUUACCUGAGAAUACUAGGAAACAAUUUCAAUCACAGUUUGAGAGAUUGGUUGUUUUAGAUUAUGUCAUCAGAAACACAGACAGGGGCAAUGAUAACUGGUUAGUCAGAUAUGAAAAGCAAGAUGAUGAUAUUGAUCUUUCAGAUAAGGAUAUCCAAUGGACUACCAGUAAAGAACCUGUUAUUAAAAUUGCUGCAAUAGAUAAUGGUUUAGCUUUCCCCUUUAAACAUCCUGAUGAGUGGAGAGCAUAUCCAUUUCAUUGGGCUUGGCUUUCUCAAGCAAAGGUUCCUUUUUCCCAAGAGACCAGAGAUUUGAUUCUCCCUCGUAUUUCUGACAUGAAUUUUGUACAGGAUCUUUGUGAAGAUCUUUAUGAACUGUUCAAGACUGAUAAAGGAUUUGACAAGGCUACUUUUGAAAAUCAAAUGUCAGUGAUGAGGGGACAGAUACUAAACCUCACUCAGGCAUUAAAAGAUGGAAGGAGUCCAAUUCAGCUAGUUCAGAUGCCACGUGUGGUUGUGGAGCGAAGUAGUACUGGAAGUCAGGGCCGAAUUGUUCAUCUGAGUAAUGCAUUCACACAGACCUUUCAUAGCAGGAAGCCUUUCUUUUCCUCCUGGUAGCAACACAAGAGGAAAGUAAAUGUCUGUAAUUCAGUAAGCUACUUUACACAAAAGGCUCUGCAAUAAUGUAAUUCUGCUGUAUACCGAGGACGCUGACUGCCAAAACCUCAAAACUUAACUUGAAAAUGUAAAGAUUUAAGAAUUGUAUUUUGAAUGUAAUCAAAGUUUACAAUUUUUGUGUCAAAAUUGUGAAUCCUUAUGUCAGGGAAUGAGAGGAAUUUGUCUAUACUGUAUUUUUAUAGGCUGAAUUCAUACUAAAGGAAAAACUUAGUUUACAUAUUCUGAGACACUACUUUUGAAUACAACAUAGAAAAAAUGCUUAUUGUUGGAUAUAAAUGUGAGCACAUAGAAUUAUAAACUGAUCUUUUUUAUUUACGCUUUAGAAAUGAAGUUCAGCAUGUUCUCUCUUUCUUUGAUUGUAAAAAUGCUAUUCAGUGUUACUGCUUACAGAUGUCAUAAGUUAUUCCAUGGGUUUUCAUAGCCUAGUGAGUUGGAAAAAUUAAAAUAAAAUGGUCAUGCAUUUAAAAAAGUGCAUUAGUGGCAAUUUUUGAAACUUGAAAAAUACUCCAAAGGUUUUUGAGUUGAGGACCAAAAAAGCACAUCUUAGUUUAAUCAGAAUUAGGGCAAAUUUUUGCCCUCAUAUGUGUACACAACUUCAUUUGGCCUCAGUGGGAGUUAUGUCCAUGUAUUGUUGGGUGAAAUUUGGUCUUUAGCCUUUUAAGGAUCACUUGUAUAUUUAAAUAGCUUACGGAAAAUUUUCUGUAAUAUAUCGUCUCCAUAGGUAGCAUUCUAUAGUUCCAUCAUGACAACAAAAUACUACAUAGUUUUGUUUAGAAUUGAUGGGUUGAUUGCUAACACUAUGUAUGACAAUUCAAUGGAGUAUAUUAACUGACACCAAAGUAGUUCCCUACCAUUGUUGAUUGAUGAAAAAACUGGAGUGUUGGUUGUUGAGCCAUCCCACUUGCAACAUUUUAAUUUAAACACUCUCCCUUAUUUAUUGUGGACCAGCAAAAGCAGAAAAUAGAUUGCAAUGUGUAAAGUACAGCAACACUGUCAUUGGACUCCUUGCAACCCCAUGUUUGUCUGCCACUUAUUUGUUUUUCUGUUGAAGCUACACAGUUUAAAAUAUAGGCUCAUCGUCCACAUUUGUGGCUUAUGUAAUAUGGUAAAUUAUUUUUACUUUAGUGAUGUCCUUGAAGGUUAGGACCUGGGGUUGGGGAAAAACCUUUGUUACAAAUAUUGUUGCUUUUAGGAAACCUACAGUUUUUAAGUAUUUCAGACAUUGCUGUAUUUUAUAAUUCCAAGCAAUACUAUUAAUCCCAAGAACAAAAUCCUUGUAUACUGUUUUAUAUAAUUUUGGAUUGAUGUACAUAUUGUAGCAUGUCAGGAAUUCACUUGAUUUACUAAAAUGUCUAAGCCUUAAAUGUAUAACUUACUGGACUGUGGUGUUUAAAAUAAGAUGGAGGCAGCCACCUUUAUAAGGUUCUAUGGCUUCAGUUUUUAGCUGAACAAUUUCUUAAAUUUUAAAGAGUAUAUUUAAGGUACUAGGCAUGCUUACUUGCAAUAAAUGUCAGUCUGAAAUGGA